AUGAAAUUAUGUGUUAACACACAAAGGCUGUGCAUAUUAUUCAGCAUAAUCAGUGUUCAUCACGUAAUAAACGGUAUAAGACUGGUCAGACUGGAUGUGCCCAAUAAAGUUGACUAUGGUGAUAAUAUACAACUUAACUGUUACUAUGAUCUGCAAAACGAGACAUUAAACGCGGUUAAAUGGUAUAAAGACAAGUAUGAAUUUUACCGAUAUGUGCCCAGACAUAGACCACCGGUUCAGUGGUCACCACUUCAGGGAGUAGAGGUUGACCUGGAUCGGUCUGGUAUGAGCUCGGUGUAUUUAAAAAACAUUACGUUCGCCACUGCCGGGCACUAUAGUUGCGAAGUGUCUACUCGUGGGCCCAGAUUUGCCACAAUUAUUGAGACCAAAAACAUGUCGGUUGUGCUAAACAUGGGCUCCGGGCCCAGGAUUGACGGCUUUCAGUACGGCCCGUACGAGUUGGACAGUUUGGUUGAGCUUAACUGUACGUCAGGUCCCAACAAACAACCCAGAAAAUUGACCUGGUUCAUUAAUGGCCAGUCAGCUCCGAGUGCGUGUGUCCGUAGGACCAGUACAUCGCUCCAGGAUCAGGAAUAUUACACGUGGUUUACAAUCAUCGGAGACUUCAGCGACAAAUAUUUUUAUAUUUCCAAAGUAUUGAGAAUAAUGUCUGUAAAAACGAUACCUUCAUAUACUAUACGGACAAUGCAAUUGUCGGACAGUGAAGAAGUACGAGAAAUAUUAACCUUGGUUGAUUUGCCUCACCAUCCAAACGAAAUUAAACUGAUGAUCAUAACUGAUCCCGAGGGCACAGUUGUCGCUCAAGACAUCACUACAGGUAAAUUGUUGGGCUAUUGUAGUAUUUUAAACCUGUCAUCAGAGCUGUCGUAUGUAUUUGUAUACGCCGUGCGACCAGAGUGUCAGGGAUUAGGCAUCGGAACCGCUCUUUGGGAUAAAGCCAUGAAACGCGUCGGCGAUAGAAAUAUCACACUUCAGGCCUCAGAACCCAAAGUAAUAGAUAUCUACAAAAAUCGACAGAAUUUCACAUUAAUUCCCGAAAGAAGAUUAGUUAUUGCGAGCGGUAAACCUGUGGUCAACGCUUUGAUGGCUAGUAUUACCGGCAUAUGUUUGGUAGACAUGAAUGAUAAGAAUAUCGCGGAUGUGAUUGAAUACGACAAACAGGUCUGCGAUGGACUCGACAGGAGUGUAAUGCUUACAGCACUCAACGGCAGGUUUGAAACUACAAGCCUUGUGGCCAUUAAGCACAGCAAUCAAGUGAUGGGCUAUUGUGUGAUAUUUGAAUUAUUGUCGGGCUCUUUAUUCGUUAUCCCACUUUAUGCCGAUAAUCAACAAAUCGCUGAAUUAUUACUCGGAAAAUGUUUACAACGGAUACCCAAUUGGGAGACCAAAGAAAUAACACUUUCGUAUUGGGAUUCAAACCCAGAAUCAAUAGAAGUAGUAAACAAAUUAGGAUUAAAGCCAAUGCAUGAAUUACAGGCAAUGUUUACAAAGAAGAUCAUUGAUGGUCAGUUGCAUAAAAUAAUAAUGUGUGAGAAAACGAUGCCUUCAUAUACUAUACGGACAAUGCAAUUGUCUGAUUACAAUGAAGUGCGCGAAAUAUUAACCUUGGUUGAUUUGCCUCAACACUCAAACGAAAUUGAAAUGAUGUUCAUAACUGAUCCCGAGGGCACAGUUGUUGCUCAAGACAUCACCACAAGUAAAUUGUUGGGCUACUGUGGUAUUUUAAACCUGUCACCAGAGCUGUCGUAUGUAUUUGUAUACGCCGUGCGACCAGAGUGUCAGGGAUUAGGCAUCGGAACCGCUCUUUGGGAUAAAGCCAUGAAACGCGUCGGCGAUAGAAAUAUCACACUUCAGGCCUCAGAACCCAAAGUAAUAGAUAUCUACAAAAACCGACAAAAGUUUACAUUAAUUCCCGAUAGAAGAUUAGUUAUUGCAAGCGGUAAACCUGUGAUCAACGCUUUGACAGCUAGUAUUCGCGGCAUAAGUUUGGUUGACAUGAAUGAUAAGAAUAUCGCGGAUGUGAUUGAAUACGACAAACAGGUCUGCGAUGGACUCGACAGGACUGUACAGCUCAGGGCACUCGCCAUUCAAUUUAAAACUACAAAUCUUGUGGCCAUUAAUGACAGCAAUCAAGUGAUGGGCUAUUGUUUGAUAUUAGAAUUUUUAUCCGGCACUUUAUUUGUUGCGCCACUUUAUGCCGAUAAUCAACAAAUCGCUGAAUUAUUACUUAAAAAUUGUUUACAACGGAUACCCAAUUGGGAGACCAAAGAGAUAACACUUUCGUAUUGGGAUUCAAACCCAGAAUCAAUAGAAAUCACAAACAAAUUGGAAUUAAAGCCUUUAUAUGAGUUACAGGCAAUGUUUACCAAGAAGAUUAUUGAUGGUCAAUUGCAUAAAAUACUCAAUAAGAACAAAGAGCUGAAAUACCCGGACAAUAGAUUUUAUCUAAUUGACCAUCAAACUUGCAGUUUUAAACUGGCCGUUGAGUGCCCUGAGCUGUGCACUCCUGUCGAGUCCAUCGCAGACCUGUUUGUCGUAUUCAAUCACAUCCGCGAUAUUGCUAUCAUUGAUGUCGACAACAGAUAUGCCAUCAAUAGUAGUGAUCAAAUUGUUGACCACAGGUUUACCGGUCAUAACGAGUCGCCGUCGUUGGGGAACAAAACGAAAAUUAUUGAUGUCUUGAGCGACAACAGUACCUUCCGGAUCAAUAAUAAAAUCAAUGUCAAUUUGAUAACACACUUCCCACACAAAAUUCAGAUGUUAUCUCGAUUUGUUGACUAUCGGCAUAAAGUGGUGCAACAAUUAAAUGACCAUUCACCCCAUCACUUGUUUACUAUCAUUAAUGGCCACAACACCUAUGCUAUUAAACGGCCCGUUGAGUGCCCUGAGCUGUGCACUCCUGUCGAGUCCAUCGCAGACCUGUUUGUCGUAUUCAAUCACAUCCGCGAUAUUCUUAUCAUUCAUGUCAACCAAACUUAUGCCGCGAAUACUAGCCGUCAAUGCGUUGACCACAGUGAUGUGUUGAGCGACAACUGCUCCCUCGGGAUCAGUUGCUAA